GCACGUGUUUGUGGAGAGGGGGCGGGCAGGGCUUAGACUGGGUGAGCCUUUAAAAAGUGCUGUGUAAACAGACCUCACUUGUUUUUUUUGGCUCUGAACACAGUCCAGACGAGAUAACGGAGCUGUAGGGCCGGGACGAUGCAGGGUCUUCUGGCUCUGUGGCUGUCCGCUCUGCCUGCUCUGCUCUGGGCGUCCCCGCUGUUUGUGGAGGGAGAUCGUGAUGGAUCACGGAUAUGUAACCCUCCCCCAGACUGGGAGAUAGAUGACCAAGCCCCCAUGAAGGAGCUGGUGGGAAAAGUCGUGGUGGUGGCUCUGCUGAAGGCCAGCUGACAGUUCUGCCUCACGCAGGCUGCCAGGCUAGGCGGGCUGCGUGAUAAGCUCUCCCGAGGCGGCCUGACGGAGGUGAGCUUUCUUGUGGUGAACGAGCAGGAGGCCCACUCCAGGGCCAUGUACUGGGAGCUGAAGAGAAGGACAGCCGAGGGCAUCCCCGUCUACCAGCAGAGUCCCCUGAAGCCGGAUGUGUGGGAGACCCUGCAGGGAGACAAGGACGACUUUUUAGUUUACGAUCGCUGUGGCCGACUAACCUUUCACAUCGUCCUGCCGUACAGUUUCCUCCACUACCCCUACGUGGAGGCUGCCAUUAGAGCCACAUACCACAAAGACAUCUGCAACUGCUCAAUGGAUUCCAACUCCACUCUUUCAGCGGAUCUACGAAAUUCCAGCAGCAUGGCCAAAGGAGAAAACCAGACCAUGACUACUUCAGAGCCCACACGGCAUACAGUGGACCGUGCUGACCACCAUAGCCAUCAUCGCCAUGGCCAUCCUAGCCGAAGCCAUGACCAUUCCUCACAUAGCACAAAUCCACUCAUGACCAAGGCUGGGCAGAGUCACCAUAACAUACAUAACAAAGAGCACAAGGGCUACAUCACACACAAACAUGAGCAUCAUCUGGCAGACAGUUAGGCCUUUUUACAGUAGCGUCUCAUUGUGCCUCUUAUUGUGCAUCUCAAUGUAGCUUUCAUACCUGCUUCUACUUCAUUCUGAUUUUUUUUAGUUUUUUAGUUAUAUUGUAUUUACAUAUUUUGCAUAUUGGAUCUCUGGGUUGUUGAAUGUUUUCUUAGUAACUGCAAUACAAGGCAGCUGUAGAGAUGAAGCCGCAGUAGAAACGCUGCUGAUGGGUAAUUGGCUACGUUCAUACUUACUGGUCAGUUACGAUUUUUUUUUUUCAAGAUCCGAUUUCUCUGCAGCUACUAUUUUGACUCCUAAAAGCACAGCUGAAAAGAUUAGUAGAGCUCCAGUUUUAUUUUCUAAUCUAUUAGAUAAAACAGUACUAACAGCUAAUUUUGAAAUGGUUUAUCACAAAUAUUUGUUCAGACUGCUCUGAUAAAAAAUCAUAUCUGUGUCAAAUUCCAGCAAAAAAAGUUUACUUCGGCCCUAUAAUGUGAACACACUCCCUAUAUAGCGCACUGCAUUGAUCAUGACCCACUAUUUGGAUGUAGACACCAUUAUUUCAUGACCUUUAAAAUACACCUCAUAGGGAAUAGGGAACCAUUUGAGACGUAGCCACAGUCUUUGUGUUUGGUUGCUCCUGGGUUGCUCCUCAUAGCUCUUAAUGAAGCAUGCGCCUCAAACCUGCCGCAGGUGUGUGCAUGUGGAUGCUGAGCGGGGGCAAAAUCGCAGGAUGAACUGUCACAUGUUCUGUCUCAGGUGGUGACGUUUAAGGGCUUCUCUAUGCAGCGCUGGUGGGUCAUCUGCCUGACCACAUUUUUAGGCUCUUUCAGCUCCAAAGCAUCUUAAAAAAAUCUUAAAAUCUUAUUUAAAGGUCUUAAAAUCUCUGAAAACGUCUUACUGUUAGAGGUAUUGCAUUCUUAAGAUGAAUACUGGGUUAAAAGAGUCACUGUGUAUAUUAAACUAAUUCAGAAUAGUCCACCAAAUAAAAAUACCCAGCCAGGGCAGUCUAAAAGAACAUGAAAGGAAAAGAGAGCAGUAGUGGACAAGGUAGACAAGGAAGGAGUAUCUCUGUGUCUCAAGUGUAUAUCUGUUUUUGAUUUUCUGUUUGAAUUAAAUAAACAUAAAUGUCGCAUUUGA